CCUAAUUGUUGUGAUAAACUUAUUAAAUAGAAUUCAGAAUGGCAAAGAAAGGCAAGAAGAAAAGUGGCGGGAAAAAAAGCAAGCUUGACAAGAUGUCAGAAGAGGAGAGAGUCUUGUACAUGGAGCAUAAGCUGCUGCAGGAAGAGGAAGAGCGGAAAAGUAAAGAAAAACUUGCAAUGCAGUACUUAAAGUUUAAGCUGACUAAAGAAGAAAAGAACACUCAAUUUAACCUUCAUAAAUUGAACACUCAAUGGCGUGAAAUUAUGAGACAAUCGAAAAGUAUUGAGCUGAAAAGGGACAUUGAAAUUCUCAGUCAGACGUUCGAACGCGUUGUUGACCGCAAGAAGGCUGUCUUGGAGAGUCUGGGUCAAGACUUAUCUGAGGCUGAAGAGCAAUAUAGCAUGGCGUUGAGAAGUCACCUUCAGCACGUUGACAGAUUGAUUGAUCUCCAGAAUUCGAGAAUAUCGACACUUCAGAAUGAGUUUGACGAAGAGUCACAGAUUCUGAAGAGAGAAUACGACACAGAAAGGGACAAGAUAAUGGAGCAGUCGCAGAAAGAGUUGGAUGACCUGCAGGAUAUCGUGUUCUCUUUAGACAAGAGCUUCCAGGAGAAAGAGGCGGAAGCACUGAGCGAGUUCCAGAGCAUUCGAGACGAAAUCAAGACCAAGAACCAGGAGGAAAAGCAUGCGCUGAGGAUUGGACUGGAGCAGGUGGUGGACGACUACUGGAGACAGUUCCAGGCGGAACUGAACAACUACAAGGAGACGACAGAGCAGCGGAAGAAACAGUUCGAGGAACUCAAGGCCAAGGACGAGGCCAACUCGAGGGACAUCGAGAGCCAGAUGAAGAAGAUACACCGCAUACAGGAGCAGAUCAGUGGGCUGCGCUUCCGCAUCUCUGGCAACUGCAAGGAGGGUGAAUUGAGGAAGGGCAAGAUUAGGGAGGAGAAGGAAGUGAUCAAAGGCCAGUUCAUGCAGCUGAAGGAGCAGAUGACCCACAUGAGGCAGGGCGAGCGAGAGAAGCUGAUCAAACUGACGGUGGAGAGUGCCGCCUGCGAGAAGGAGCUGGACCGGAAGCUGGAAAAGAUGCAGAGGCUGAUGAAGUUGGGGGAGCAGGCGAGGAGGUUUGAGACGGAGGAGGAGAAGGUGUUACCCUUCUAUGCCACCACUCUCUCGGACGAAGAACUGCGAGAUGUACAGGAAGCGCAAGGCGAAUCGCCACAGGAAGAAUUGGCUAAGGCCAUGCUCGACUUCCAAGGGCUGGAUCCGUUCUGGAAGAGAUACAACAAGGUGUUGUUCGACAGGCUGGCGCUACAGAAGGAGCAGAGUUUGCUGCUGCAGGAGAACCAGCAGCUGCGCAUGGUGUUGAAGCAAUACCUGGACGGCAUCUCAGUCAACGACGAGAUCCUGAGCAACGUCAACCCACUCUUCGUUGUCAACCAGAAGACCAACGUCAACCUCAAUGUGGCUGCGAUCGACCCCCGACUUAGUCUGCAGAACAAGAGUGCAGGCAAGCCAGUGGUCAUCGAGGCCUCCACUGCCGCCAAACACCUCGAGCCACCAGCCUACUAACUGGUACAUGAAAGACAGAAGUUUCCCUUCAACAACAAAGUCUUAAAGACAGACGAACGGCUUCUGCAUCUAUCCACGACUCAAUCGAUCUUUCUGAAUGGAACUGAGACUCAAAAUCAUGUCUAUUGUAUAAAAUGUAAAUUUAACUGUAUCAUAACCUCAAAUAUUCGCAAAAAAAUUGCCAACAUGUUUUUGAAAAAAGAUGAAGGUCUGACAAUAAAUAUCGAAACGAAA